UCUUCGUCAGCUGGAAACCUCUUCUUCACACACUCUCUCCCUCUCUUCGGGAAUCACAACUAACCCCCAACCUAAUUCAUAAUUAAAUCAAUUAAUUCCAUUUUUGCUCUUCCUAUACUCUUCUGGAUUCCUCCUCAACUCAAUCUCUUCCUUGUUACCACCAUAUAAAUUCCAUCGCCAUGAACAUUCAUUUCCUUACUUGAACAAAACCUUCAGAGAAUCUCACCAAAUUUCGGAGAUUUUCUGUAGUGAUUCAUUCAAUCAUGUUGAUUUGCAGUAGAAUCCCAUUGCUUCCAACGAGGCUGGGCACCCAAUCCCAUAUGAAAAACCAAGCUUUAUUCUCUCCAACAUCAAGAAUCCUCUGUUCUCAGCAGCAGAGCCCCAAGAGCACUAUGAAGGAGUACAGAAGGCGAAGAGCUCUGAACCCAAUCAUCAUCACCCCAGAUGAGCAAAUCUCUCUGAUCAGCAAACAAUCCGAGAAAAAAUUGAUCUUGGAUGGGAAGAAGGGGUUUCUGCAUCAGGAGAUGAUGAUCCUGUGCGCGCUUGGUUACUAUGUGAAUGGUUUCAGGGGAUUCCCGUGGCUGGCGCUCAACUUUCACAUGGCCCAUAAUCUCAAUAUGAAUCCCUCGACAUUGCAGAUUGUGCAGAACAUGGGCAAUCUGCCUAUGGUGGCGAAGCCCUUUUAUGGGAUCUUGUCUGAUGCUCUCUACAUUGGUGGCGCUCAUAGGAUUCCUUACGUUUCCAUUGGAGUGGUCUUGCAGGCGCUAUCUUGGGGCUCGUUGGCACUAAUCCCGGCAGCUAGUAAAGCUUUUAUACCCCUCAUGGCAUGCGUGCUUCUGACUAAUUUUGGAGCUUCGAUUGCAGAAGUUGCAAAAGAUGCACUCAUUGCAGAGUAUGGCCAAUACAACAAAGUACCGGGGCUCCAAUCUUAUGCACUCAUGGCCUCAGCUGUAGGAGGGGUUUUGGGAAAUUUACUCGGAGGCAUUUUCUUGGUGAAAGCACUGCAAACUAAAUCAAUGUUUCUAGCUUUUGCUGCUAUUCUUGUGCUCCAACUCACUGUAUGUUUGAAAGCAAGAGAGGAAUCACUCGGUUUACCUCAACCAUCAAACUACAAUCCUGUAAGGGAAUCAAUCCCACAGAUCAUCAAGAGACAGUACUCUGAUCUUAUGGUGGCAAUUAAGGACGAGAGUGUAUCACACUCUCUGAUUUGGAUUGUUUCUUCAAUCUUACUAAUCCCAGCUCUAUCAGGCUCAAUAUUUUGCUACCAGACUCAAUGUCUGAAUCUUGAUUCCUCAGUUAUUGGAAUGUCAAAAGUAACUGGUCAAUUGAUGCUUCUGUCGUUAACUAUUCUCUAUGAUCGAUUCGGGAAGAAUAUUCCUAUGAGGAAGUUGGCCAGCAUUAUGCAGAUCUCAUAUGCGUUUUCUCUGCUACUUGAUAUGGUGCUAGUCAAGCAGAUAAACAUCCAACUUGGGAUCUCGAAUGAGGUAUUUGCUCUGUGUUUCUCGGGUCUUGCAGAGGUUAUUGCACAGUUUAAGCUUUUGCCAUUCUAUAUGCUGUUUGCAAGUUUAGCUCCAUCAGGAUGUGAAGGUUCUUUGUUGUCUUUUGUGGCUUCUGCUCUGUGUCUGUCAUCCAUAUUCAGCGGGUUCUUAGGCGUUGGUCUAGCCUCGUUUCUUGGUAUAACAUCCGGUGAUUACUCAAAUCUCCCUUUAGGAAUCAUGGUGCAGUUUCUGGCAGCUUUACUUCCACUCCGGUGGAUUGGAUGUGUAACUACAUCACAAGAUCCUACCGAGAAGAAUGUCAAGAAAGGUAGAAGUAAAAGAACCCGAAGAACUAGGAGAGUGGGAAGAGUCUCGUACGAUCCUAUGUACUCCUAUCGCCGUGAAAGAGAAUCUGACCUACAAAGGUGCUGGCACGCAACAGUCGGUUGGUGGGGAGAGUAACUGACUGAGGCAGCAUGGUGUCACCACAAGGGCUAGAAGCCAUCAAAGCUUGAGAUGUAUGGAUGCUUAAAAUGGCAACUUCAAAUUUUCAUGGACCACUUCUAGAAUUCUCCACAUGGUUGGUUUGGCUUCUGCUUCAUAACCCCACCCUCGACGUGCCAACUUUGUCAUGUAGCUAUGAUUCAAAAUGCUGCAAGGUGAGGAGAAUCUUCUGCAUGCGAGAUCCACCUACCAUGGCUACACGUGAACCCCCUCGUUGCUCGAGGGUCGUUGUUCAAAUAUUCGGGAAGAAGGCAUUCUAGUAUUGUAACUUGGUAGCAUGUUAGUUGCAUAUGUCAAUAAUAAUGAGAUUUGGUUCUAUUUGAAGAAGUACUAAAUCUUGUCUUGGUUGCUACUUGCUAGAAUUAGCUUUUUUGUUGUAGUAUUUGGUAAUACAGCUGCAAUAUGCAUAAAGCUAGAAGUUGGUGCGAUUUAUAUGCUCUUGCUUCAAGUUGUUGAAAGAUAUAGUAGUAACAAA